UUAGAGACGCACCUGAAUUUUGCUUUUGUUAAUACAUACUCUUAUAAGCUGCGAAAAAUGUGUUUCUAAUCGUUUAAUAUUGUACGUUUAUGUAUUUUAUAACAAAAAAUAAGUAUUAAAUUUCAAAGUGCAUAGUUCGCAGCUGCUUUGAAUAAUUUUAAGACUCCGAAGCUGCUGUGAAACAACCUUCGACAUCUGUACCAGCAGCCCCUUUCGUACAAAAGCAUUCACACACACAAAAGUAAAAGUAGUCCAUUCAACUUUGCAAAGAAGCACAAGCCAGUACGUGUAGCCCUUUAUAUUGUCCCUUGACAAUGGCUUCCGACAUUGAAAUUUCAAACCUCAACAAUUUUGAAAAAAUUGAGAAUUUUCUUAAUGAUUCGGCUUACAAGGAGAUACUGGAGAAUAGCGAGAAUUUUAACACACGUUUGUGUAUUGAACGUCGACUACGUAUGCCGUUUUUGGACCCACAGACUGGUGUUGCACAAACCCACUGUGCUUUGUUCAUGAAGCAACGCCAGCGUAUGCCUGGUUUCCGUGAUGGUCAGAUCUACACGUAUCCAUCUGCUCGUUGGCGUAAACCAAAGCGCCAGUACUUGCUCAAUCAUCAUCAUAGUUAUAGGGCAUACCAAUAUCGAGAACCUCACUAUCAUCAAUCAACUAGCAAUGCCUCAGCGCGCGAUCAUUAUCAAACAGAGAGUGCAGCAAUCGUUGCCGCUGAUGGCAAUUCAAUGAGCGCCUCAGGCGAUAAUGAUAGUAAAGAUUCGCACGCCAAUGCUGAAAAAGAUUGGUUCCAUGAGGACAUUGACAUGUCUCACUAUCACCAUGUUGAUGACUUCGAAGAGGAUUUUGAAUCGGACAACGACUUCGAUGAGUCGUAUAGUAGUCGCGGUAAACGCAAGCGCGGUUCACGCUCUGCUCGCAAGAGUACUGCUGUUGCUGAUGGCACUCCAAAGCGCGGUCGUAAAGGAGGCGGCAGUCGUCGUCGUAAUAAUGUGGACGGUGAAGGUGGUGGUCGUCGUCGUGGCGUCGCUAACAAUGCCAAUAACAACAAUGCAAACACUGCUGCUGCUGCAGCCGCUGCAGCUGCUGCAGUUGCCGCUGCAGCUAGUGCCGUAGCAUCAAGCAUGGAAGUGAGCAAUUCGAAUUCAGCUUCACCAAUUGGUACGAACGAUGAAACAUCACAAUCGGCGAUUGUAAUACCACCUGGUACACCUAGUGCUGCUGGGCCAACAUUUGACAAGACUCUAAGUGAAGCAGGCCCGGCGGCUACUGCUGGUGUUAGUGAUGUCGCAGCGCCUGUACUACCCAGUACAAGUGGGGUGAGUGGUACAACAAGCACUGUCGCAGCUACAGUUGGCACGCCUCCAACUACAGUUGCAGCAAAUAUCGUUGCGCCAGUAGUUGCUGGUGCUGCGGUCAAAAAAGAUCUAAAAAACAAAAUGCGUGCUGAUCGUGAAGUAGCAACACCUUCAACCUACUGCGACUUCUGUUUGGGUGAUCAGCGGGAGAAUAAAAAGACCAAUUUGCCGGAGGAAUUAGUUUCGUGUUCGGAUUGUGGCCGUUCCGGUCAUCCAUCUUGCCUACAAUUUACACCGAAUAUGAUUAUCUCAGUGAAACGUUAUCGGUGGCAAUGCAUAGAAUGCAAAUAUUGUUCAAUAUGUGGCACUUCAGAUAAUGACGAUCAAUUGCUUUUCUGUGACGAUUGUGAUCGUGGUUAUCAUAUGUACUGUUUGUCACCUCCAUUGAUAACGCCCCCCGAAGGUUCAUGGAGCUGUAAACUUUGCAUGGAGGAAUUUCAUAAAGAUGAGAAAUAAUAAAGCUAAGAAAUAAAGGGCAACGAAAUACGAUGAACGCAGCUUCCAGUAAAAAGCCAGAAUGGAAAUAGACUGAGUUGAAUUACUUUCUGAUUUAUUUUGACUAUCAUAAAUUGAGUGAAAGUAGCAUUGCGACUUUGUCUGAAGUUCUCGUUUAGACUUUUUUUUUUUUUCAAUUUUGUCUAAAGUCAUAGUGUAGUAUUGGCGAAUAUUAAUACUUAAAGUAAAGAAAUAUUACACUGUUUAUUUUUAUUUAAAUUAGCUCUGCACAAGCAACAACACAACACUUUGCAGAGCUUGGAUGCACCGCUGUUUUAUUUUGAAUAUAUUAAUUUAAGCUGAAAGGUUCAUAAGAUGGCAACUUUUUGUGUGUUUUAGUUUUUAAAUUAGUUUUAUAUUAUCAUGUCGUGAUGCCACCGUAAAUGUAAGUAAUUUGAAUCGUGGUACAUAUAUAAAUUAGUAUUGUAUUAAAAAUCCCAUGUACGCAAGUAUUAUACCGAAGUGUUUUGCUCUUAUAUGCUUGUUUUUGUUUUGUGCUUGAUCAAAAAUUAGCUAAUGGACAGCUGCAACAAGUAGUUGGCUGGAUAGUUAAUAUUUUCUAUUUUAUUAAUACAUUUAAAGAAUCCCCACUAAUCUCAGUGCUUCUAAUUGGAGAGAAAUUUGGUAAUUUCAAAAUAUAAUUCACUUACAUUUUUAUAAGUAUGUAAUGUAGGUCACUAGCUGACCAAAUGUGUAACCGAAAUAGUAUAUAUUACCUUACAUAUUAAUAUCUACAUACAAAUGUACAAGCAUAUAUAAGCGCAUUACCGUACGACUAAAUGGGAAAUAAUCAUAAAUAUUUAUUGCAAUAUGCGCUCAUAAUUAUCAUCACUGAGCAAUAAUAAUAAAUCAUUACUUUAAA